AUGGUCAGGUAAUUUAGUUUUUUUUUGUAAAAUACGUGGGUGGUCUUUGUUCGAGAAAUUAGCCGCUGAACAAACCUUUAACACAAAUAAAAAUAGAAUUUCAAUUUCAUUUUAAUCGGUUUUUUUCAAGAGCUUUUCUUAAUUUUAUUUCCAAGAUCAAAGUUCCAAAAAAGAGAAAUGAGAACAAUGCACGAAACAAUGUUUCCGAUUUUCUGGUUGGUGAAUAAUUGCAUGACUAUUUAUCACAAACAUUCUACUCAAGUACAUAAUAAAUUUUUCUCAUGUUUUUUUUUGGAAAUUUUUUUUGGAAAAAGUAUUUUUCCACAAUAAAAUUCAAAUGGACCUUCAUUGAAUUUUCUUCUUUUUUUUCUCGCUGUGUUUGUUCCACGUCAAUGAAUAUUUGAUUAGUUUACUUUUCAAUUUCUCUUUUUUUCUCAUAUUUCAACUCAAGUUCCACUUUUUUUUCAUUUUCAAUUUUCAUGUUUUUGGUGUCUCGACCGACAACAACAAAAAAAGGAUAAUUAGAUUUGGCGCCCUUCCAAUUGAUGUUUGGCGUUUUUGUCGUUUAGAAACCUUUUUUUCUGACAGAUUUACUGGAUUCGCGACAAUUCUUUUUCCGAUUUAUGAUGUCAUCCACUUUUUUUCACAAAAAAAAACAGAAUAAAAUUCCCAUAAUUAAAGUAUAUUUAUAUAUUGUUUUUCUUUUUUUUCUCUCUUGAAAUUUUUUUUGGUGUUGAAAAAAGUGGGCGUGGCUUCGUCGUUCAGAUUUCGAUAGAUUUAUGUCUCAUUUUUUUCAUUUCCGAAAAAUCAAAGAAAAAUGAAGUGGUUUGUAUUAUGGGACACAUGGGAACCCUUCAAAAUGCUAAUUUUCUUUUUUUUCCCAAAUAUAUUUUCCCGUGCUCUUUUACCAACUAAAAAUCUUUGCACUUUUUAUUUCGCGCUUUUUUCGGGAUUGAGGGAAAAAUCGUUUUUAAUAAUAAAUUUUCUCGUUUCCGUUCGUACUUCAAAAAAUAUAUAUCUACUUUUUUCUGGAAAAAACCUUUUUUUUAUGGAAAUUUGUCUCAUUAUUCAUGUUUUUUCUAGAAAAUGGACGCAUUGAAAGAAGCUGAAAUUCGAGAAGUUUUCAAAGAGUUUGAUAAAAAUGGCGAUGGACGAAUUACGAGACAUGAAUUAGAGGUUUGAAUUUUUAUGUUUUUCAAAAGGGUACUGUACUUUGCGCUAGUCUACAGCCCGAAAAUUUUUUGUAUCUGUGAAGUUUAAAGGGACAUGCACUUGUUCCGCUGUUCCAUGGAAUAUUGCUCAAAUUAUACUCAUGUAAACAAUCACGAUAUCUACAGUAAUCUAGAAGUGAUAAAAAUAGCAAGGGACUUACAGUAAUCCUUGUUGUAUAGUAAUCAAUAUUAUACAUAAAUUCAGAAGAACAUACACUAUCUUCCAUCUAUAUCAACAGUAGCCAAAUCCCUCCAUUUUUCUACAGUUUUCAUCAUAUUUAAUUCAUCAUUGAUUUAGGUUGCACUACUUCAAUUGGGUGAAAAAGCAUCAAAUUCAAAAAUUGAGGAAAUGAUUCAACAAGCUGAUUUGGAUGGUAAGAAACAAAAAUUUUUCUGAUUUAUUUCAUAACUUUAUUUAUUUCUCAAAAAAGUUUCAAAAUAUUUCAUGCUUCACUAAUUUUCACGUGUUUUUCUUUUUUCUCGCCCCCAAAACCGGAAACUUUUCCACCUUUUUUUACUUAUAGUAAAUAUCCGGUUUCCUUACACAUUUUUUUAAAACUUUUUUUUUUGCAGGAAACGGAUGUAUCGAUAUUGACGAAUUUUUGAAUGUUUUACGUCGACAAAUUUGUGAUCCAAAAGAAGAAAAAGAAUUGAGAGAUGUUUUUAAUGUAAGAAAGAUUUCAUAAAUGUUCAAGAAUUAAAAAAUGUUUCAUAGGUUUUCGACAAAAAUGGUGAUGGUGUAAUAUCGAUUGAUGAUUUGAUAUUUGUAAUGUGUCAAUUGGGUGAACAAUUAACAGAACAAGAAGCAAAAGAAAUGAUUAGACAAGGAGAUUUGGAUCAUGAUGGACUUAUCGAUUUUCAGGGUAUAUUUACAUUUACCAUAUGAUUAUUUUCUGAAAAUCCUAUUUUUUCAGAAUUCGUCAACAUAAUCAAAGGACAACAAUAA